AUGUUCCUGAAAUUCCUGUAUCCAACGCCGCCAUUCCCUAUGUCCCCGAUUUUAAUGGUCCAGCUGUUCCUAAUUUCGCGGUUCCAAAUGUCCGAUUUUAAUGGUCCGGCUGUUCCCAAUUUCGCGGUUCCAAAUGUUCCCGAUUUUAAUGGUCCAGCUGUUCCGAAUUUUUCUGUUCCAAAUGUCCCAGAUUUUACUGGUCCGGCCAUCUCAAACGUCCCCUUCUUUAGUGGUCCAGCUUUCCUAACUUCGCCGUUCAACUGUCCCGAUUUUAAUGGUCCAGCUGUUCCGAAUGUCCCCGAUUUUAAUGGUCCGGCUGUCCCAAACUUCGCUGUUCCAAAUGUCCCUGAUUUCACUGGUCAAGCAAACUUUGCUGUUCCGAAUGUCCCCGAUUUUAAUGGUCCAGCUGUUAUUAACUUUCCAAAUGCCCUCGAUUUUAUUGGUGCAGCCGUCCCAAAUAUCCCCGAUUUUGAUGGUCUAGCUGUUCCAAAUUUCGCUGUUCCAAAUGUCCCUCACUCCGCAGUUCAGAAUGGUCACGCAACCCAAACUGGAGAAGAAAUCAAGCCGUCGGAACAGCUACUCCUUCUUGACUUUGACCUUCAAAACCCACAACGCCCCAAGGUCACCUCUCGUUACCCGUUCACCUUUUCACCCUUUCCAAUAGCCUCCCCAGUAACCCUUUCGAUACCAACAGCCAGGUAA